UUCUAUUGUUUUUAUUAGUGUGUUAUUUAUAGUGUUGAUAUAAGGUAAAAAAUCGUUAAAAAAUAUAAUAACAAUAAUAAUUUAAGAAAUGAAAACUUCAUAUAAAAAAGUUUACUUAUUUCCUUUCACCGAUUUCCAUCAUUUUUAGGGAUUAGUAUAAAGAAAAAAUGUCAGAAAUAGAUUUUCCUAUAGAUGAUGAGAUAUUUCUGUCAGAGUUUUUUUCUGAUGAUAAUAUUCCCAUAAGUGGGAAUUCUCAACUUAGUUCAAAUAAAUCGAGCUCAACAUCUAUUAGUGUUAUUGAAUCAGAACCUAUAAAAAAUAACGUUCCUGAGUGGAAAGGAGUUAGUAUGAAUGAAAUUUAUAAGGGCUUAGGUACUUACGACUGUCAAGAAUUUCCACCAAUUAAGCCUUCCGCAAAUCAUACAGUAUUAAUAAAAUUACCAUUACCUGCACGGGGACCACCAGAACCAUAUCCUUCUUAUUUAACUAAUAAAUGGAGCCAAGGUUAUGUACAUAUGCCGUACUCCAUUUAUAGCCUUUAUCCUAAUGAACAGCAAGGAGACAAUCGCCAUUGCCGAUAUCGGUGGGAAAUAAUUCAAGAAUCCUUACUACAAACUAUUAUGUCUAGCCAUCAAUUAGAAAAAGCUAUUUUAUCGUAUAAUCAUCUGUAUACAAACAAAUGGAAUUUCUUAGCGUUACAUCAUUUUUUCUUAGAGACUUUAGAAGAAGAAGAAGUUACUGCAUUUUUUAAAACAUUAUUUCCUAAAAUGGUGGAUCUUGCCUUGCAACUUCCUAGAUUAGUAACAGAUGCAAUACCUCUCCUGAAAUCUCAUUCGAAUAAAACUAUCAGUCUUAGUCAACAACAAGUUUCAUGUUUAUUAGCGAAUGCAUUUUUUUGUACAUUUCCGAGACGCAAUUCUUCUAGUCCUACGUCCGAAUACUCAAAUUAUCCUCACAUCAAUUUUAAUAGACUUUUCUCAGCAAUUAGAAAAGAUAAGCCUAAUCGACGUGAGGCAGUAAUGGAAAAAUUUAAAUGCAUCUUUCAUUAUUUUAGAAGAGUAACAAGCAAAGUUCCGGAAGGAGUAAUAACGAUUCAACGACGUUAUAUUCCAAAACACGAUUUUCCAAAAUGGGAUAAUAUUGAGAAAAAAGUUUUACCGUUACAUAUUACUAGUAGUGGAACAAUAGAUAAUGAUGGAGCUGGUCUUCUUCAAGUCGAUUUCGCUAAUAGAUAUGUAGGUGGAGGUGUACUUACAAUGGGUUGCGUACAAGAAGAAAUACGCUUUGUUAUUUGUCCUGAACUUAUGGUAACCAUGUUGGUUACAGAAGCUUUAGAUGACACGGAAGCUCUUGUUGUUAGUGGUAUUGAAAGAUACAGCAAAUACGAAGGAUACAGUAACAGUUUCAAGUGGACUGGUGACUUUAUUGAUGAAACACCUCGAGAUAGUAGUGGAAGGCGCAAAACAACUAUCGUUGCUAUUGAUGCACUACGUUUUAGUCAAACAGCAUUGCAAUUUAAUUUAAACAAAAUAAUACGAGAACUUAAUAAGGCAUAUGUGGGAUUUGUUGGUUGCGAUUUGUACAAAGAUAAUUUACCUGGAGUAGCAACUGGAAAUUGGGGUUGUGGUGCUUUCCGAGGGAAUCCCAAACUAAAAGUAUUAUUGCAAUUAAUGGCAGCUUCAGUAGCUGGUCGAACUAUGGUAUAUUUUACUUUUGGAGAUCCAAUUUUACGAGAUGAAAUAGCAGCAAUGCACUUGCAUUUAGUAAAACAGAAUAUAAGUAUAGCACAUCUAUUUUCUUUAUUAUCACAAUACGGUGAAUCAAGGACAUGUCAUCAAGAUUUUUACGAUUAUUUAUACAGUAAAACGAAAACAGGAUCUACAUCUGCUUUGACGUAAUAUUUAAAUAUAAAAAUUAUUAUAAUUCAGAAGAAGGACUGUAUACAUUGAAGUAGUCAAAUUUGUGAAUUUCAUAAAAAAAGAAAACUGUAAAGAAAAUAAUAUUAUAUCUUAACUAUAAAAACGUGAUAAAGGUACAAAAGAAAUGUCAAGCGGGAAAUUGUUGAAAAAAGUACCAAUGAGAUUGUACAAACGAUUGUAUACUACAGAUAAAUAACUAUAAACAUAGCCACGAUGAAUAAAAAGAUAGUGGUGAUGUAAAUGAAAGAAAAACAAUGAAUGAGAGAAAAACAUAGAAAUUUCUGAAAUACUUUUCAUCUAAUUUAACAAAAUACUGAAGAAGUUAAAUUAUAAAAUAUAAAAUCUUACAUUUUGUUCUUAGUGACUUUCAUAAAUAAGAAUGUUUAACUAAA